AUGUCUUACUUGCAGCCCAUGCCCUAUCUGAAAGGAGACAAGGUUUUCGCAAAAUAUUUGAGCGCGGAACCUCAGACAUAUCAGCAACUCCUUAGCGAUGAUAUUUGGGUGGCUAACGCCGUGGGAUCAAAUGUAGGGACGGUUGUUGAUAUGAAGGAGGUCAACGGGCACUGGAUGUAUUCUGUGAAGCUCAAGGAUGGUAGCAUCAUGCCCAACGUGUCCGAACGUUACAAGUGUAUUAUGCAUAAGACACCCGAUAAUUACCAUGCACUAGUGUGCUCUGGUUUCACCAAUCUCGACCCAUGA